GGAGCGCUGAGGGCGGCGCGGAGGCCGCGGCCGGGCCGGGCCCUGUGAGGGGGAGAGCGGGGGGCUCCGCCGGCUCCUUCCCCGUCCCUCGGGCAGCGCUUCCCUGCGGGAACCCCGGGCAUGGAGACCGCGGGCUUUCCCACCAAGGAGUUGAGUCCUUCAGGACAUAGCUUUAACUUGGAGAGCUGAUGGCAUCGCCGAGCAGCGAGGAUGCAUUUCAGCAUUCUGAGGGGCUCUCCCUGAACGAUUUGGAGAGCCUGCCCAGCCUGCGCAGCCGCUCCGCCAGCGUCAGCAGCACCGGCUCCAGCGGCCGCGUACAGCUCCGGCACAGGGUGGCCCAGCUGAUGGCGUGCGUGGAGGACAUCAGCUCGGAUGAUGAGAUCCAUGAAGAAGUGUCUCGCACUCUGGAUGAAGCUUUCCUCAUCUGGGGGAAAAAGCUGAAGGAUAAGUGGCAAGAAUUCAGACUACACUUAGUUACCUGGAAUGUGGGCACAGCUUCUCCCCCUCCUGAUGUCACGAGUUUACUUCAGCUCAACUCAGUGAGCCCCACCAUGGAUAUGUACGUUAUAGGCUUACAGGAGGUGAAUUCAAAAAUCACAAAUUUCCUGUCUGACUUGGCAUUUGAUGAUCCAUGGAGCAUUUUUUUCAUGACCGUCUUGUCUCCUUUGGGAUAUAUCAAGCUCUCCUCAGUUCGCAUGCAGGGGUUGCUGCUUCUGAUCUUUGUGAAGCACGUGCACCUUCCCUUCAUCCGGGACAUCCACACCCACUACACCCGGACAGGCCUCUAUGGCUACUGGGGGAACAAAGGAGGAGUCAGUGUCCGCAUGUCCCUCUUCGGGCACACGAUCUGUUUCAUGAACUGCCACUUGCCAGCUCACAUAGAGAACACAGAGCAGCGACUGGAUGACUUUGAGAAAAUUCUGGAAAUGCAAUUUGAAGGAGAGAAUGUUCCAAGUCCCUUGGAUCAUGAGGUUCUCUUCUGGUUUGGAGAUCUAAACUUCCGGAUAGCAGAUUAUGGGAUACACUUUGUCAGAGAAUCAAUCAACAACAAGCGUUUCAAUCUGCUCUGGGAAAAGGACCAGUUAAAUAUGGCAAAAAAGAAUGAACCAUUUCUGAAGGAAUUCAAAGAGGGUCCUCUGCAGUUUAAGCCCACCUACAAGUUUGACCUUUACUCAGAGGUCUAUGACACAAGAGAACAGAAGUCCCUGUUUUGGUUUAAUGAGAAGAAAAGAAAGCCAGCAUGGACUGAUAGAAUUCUCUGGAAAGUGAAAAAUCUCAGUGAGGUUGCAUCAAAAGAAGGCGAAUUCCCUGAAGAAGAGAACCUGAUUUCUGUUACUCUGAAUAACUAUGUCAGUCACAUGAGCUAUGGCAUCAGUGAUCACAAACCUGUCACAGGAACUUUCAAGCUUGAGAUGAAGCCUCUUGUCUCGGAUCCCUUGGUCAUGCUGAAUCCUGAGGGUGAGUGGAGUGCAGAGCAUGAUGUUCUCAUCCGCUACUCUGCGGUGCCUGAGUUCCCCAGCAGUUCUUGGGACUGGAUUGGGCUCUUCCAGGUGACUUUCAGGCACAUGAAGGAUUAUGUUACUUAUGCUUGGGUGGAAGAUGAUGAAAUUUCUUCCAACAGACACAGCAAACAAGUUUACAUGAGUGCUUCAGAAAUACCUAAGGCAGGAGGAGAAUUUUUGCUCUGUUAUUAUAGCAAUAACUUGCAGUCAAUAGCUGGCAUCAGUGAACCUUUUCAGGUAAUACAUUAGGAAGUAUUGAUUAAA